AUGGAGAUAGAGUUGAACGACACUAGUGCUGGCUACUUGCAGCAACGAUGGGACGAUUUUUUGAACGUAGUAGGUGACGAUGCGGAGCGGUUGUACGUGUGGGGUCUGUCGCUGUACAUUCACUCCCUCUACUGGGUGCUGGGGUCCUUCUUCGUCUUCAUGGACGUGUUCCAGUGGCCACGGGCUCUGCGGAAGUUCAAAAACCAACCGGGCCUGAACGAACCACUCAAGUGGGCCGAUCUGCGAAAGAUCAUUCGCACCGUGCUGAUCAAUCAACUGCUGAUCAGCGUCCCGAUAACGCUGUUCGGCUACCGCGCCCUUGUAGCUAGCGGUGUUGUGCUGAACGUCCGCACUCUACCCAGUCUGUAUGAGGUGAUUCGAGAUCUGCUGAUCAGCGCAGCUGGUUGGGAGCUCGGUUUUUACUACAGCCAUCGGCUGCUGCAUUCCAAGUACCUGUACAAGCUGAUACACAAGCAACACCACGAAUUCACGGCACCAGUUGCCUGGGCCGCCAUCUACGCGCACCCGAUCGAGCACAUCUUCAGCAAUCUGCUGCCGCCCUUGAUCGGCAUCCAGCUGAUGCGAAGCCACGUGCUGACGUCUGCCCUUUGGCUGACGUUCGUUAUCCAGGACACCAUCACUGGUCACUCGGGAUACCACGUGCCGUUUUUGAGUAGCAACGAAGCCCACGACUACCACCACAUGAAAUUCAACCAAUGUUACGGUGUGUUUGGUUGGCUCGAUUGGCUGCACGGUUCCGACGCUCAAUUCCGAGCUUCUCGAUACUAUCAGCGCCACCAGAUGCUGUUCGGCGCCAAAUCAGCCCGCGAGCUGGUGCCUGAAGCCAAGAAACUGCACCAAAAGUGA